UACACAGACCAACAAAAAUAUAGACUACAUAAGUAUAGUCCAUACUGAUAAGAUCUCUUAGCCCAAAAGAAUCACUAGCAGUGGGGAAAAACUUUACUCGUAAGACAGUCGUUGUAUCUAUGAGCACUUGUUUUGAAAUAUCAGCCUAUCUGUUUCCGGUGCCUCAGUGCGGCUUGACAGUAUGUAGCCCCUAGCGGAGAAUCCCAACCGUGAAAGUGUCUUGUGGAAGCGGACAUUGUUGUGUUUAAUGUCCAGCCCGACAAUAGCCACAAUUUGCGUUUCGCGGAGCAAAUUUGGGCUCUUUUGUAAGCCUUCUACUUUUUUAUAUCUCCCACGCCUGAAAAUGAAGCGUUUGUGAGAAGAAGCCUCUGCUUUAUCACCGAAGUGGAGAAACCGUAGAGAGAGUCCAUUGAGCUCGGAGUCCAAUCCGGAUGGCGAGUGGCGAUCACCGCGCUGCAAACACAACAUCCAACAUCUGUGUUGUGCAUCGUUCCCCGAUGGAUUAAGAAAGGCGGCGGUGGAUGGAGCGAGCUAUUUUUCCAAGCUGCUGCCUUGAACACACAAUCAUCAUCCUCAUCUGCGAAUUGAAAUACGCACAGUGGCAGUUCCCUUGCUCGCGGAGGCCUGUUUUGCAGCUGCUUUGGUGCUUCUGAUGAUUUUGAACGACAGGUACACAAUUGGGCACAAAAUCUUGUCAAAUGAAGAAGCCCUGCUGAUGUGAUGUUUGCAUCCAGAAGUCACACUGGAUGACGGUGGUCCGCUUGUGAACCAAUUGCAUCCUCUCAGCACUUUCAACAUUUUCUCAGGGUUGAAUUUGACAAGAUGAGCAACGAAGGGGAGCUCCUGACACGGGAGCUGUCGAAAAUGUCGGAUGAGGACCUGCUGGCUUGCUCCAAGGAGGAGCUGCUGAGUCGCCUGCGCAAGGAAGAGUCGGAAAAGAUGGCAGCGCUCAUCCAACGGGGUCGUCUCAUCAAGGAGGUGAACAAGCAGCUUCAGGGCCACCUGCUGGAGAUCCGCGAACUCAAAGUCAUCAACCAGCGUCUGCAGGAGGAGAACGUGGAGCUGCGGGACCUGUGCUGCUUCCUGGACGACGACCGGCUCAAGGUGAAGAAGCUGGCGCGCGAGUGGCAGCACUUCGGCCACCACGCCGCAAAGGUCAUGCGCGAGGACCUGGGUGGCUACUUGAAGAAGCUGGCCGAGCUGGAGCGCACCCAGGAUGGCCUGGUCAAGGAGAAUCUAGACCUGAAGGAGCUGUGCCUGGUUCUAGAGGAGGAGUGUGUCAGUCGGAGCGACUCCAGCCCAGGCGGUUCCACCGAGCUGGCCCUGCCGUGCAUGGUGGCCCGGGACCUGGGGGACGGCAGCUCGAGUACAGGAAGCGUAGGAAGUCCGGACCAGCUCCACUUGGUGUGCUCGCCGGAUGACUGACACGUCAAUAAGGGCUUUGAAUAUGGACGCCGAGGGCUAGUAGACACAAGGGCUGUGGUCGGAAUCGUUUCCUAAUCGCCAAGAUUUGCAUGUAAUGCACAUAGAUACUUCCUCUGAAGUUUGCCAGAAAUCCUUUUGUAGUUACGAGGGAGUUGAGAAUAAGUGGAAUUAUUCAUCAUGCCUGAUUCCAUGAUCACAAAAUUGGGAUUUUGAUCAAGUGGACCUCGAUGGCUCUCAAAAAGUCAAAUAGAAAUCAUUUCUAAGUGAUAAGAGGGAUUGCCGAAUGAUUCCUAACACAGCAACUGUUCCCUAAACACGAAAAAAGAAAUUUUAUAUAGUGAACGACGUGGUGCACAAAACAGUCGAGUCAAAAGGACUAUCAGCUAGUUCACAAAGACUUGAGUCAAAAUCCCAAAACAGUGAUCCGGGUGUCGGGACAUUGUGAAUAAUUCUGAAAUGAUUCAUUUGUUUCAACUUAUCACAACACAAAAGAAAGAAAGAUUCGAGUCAAAAUCUUUUUAUAGUGAUUUGGGAGUGAAGAAUCAUUUCCUAUUUCCUACUCCCUAAUCACAAAAUUGGAUUUUUUCCCCCCUAUAAUAGACCACACACUUCACAAUAGAGUUAAGUCAAAAUCCCUGAAUAGCUAUGAGAGAGAAGAGAAUAAAUCACUUAGCGACUCCCUAAUCUCUGAAUAGUCCUCCCUUCAGGAUUUAGUGAGUUUAAAAUGCCUGAUUUGGUGGCAGCAUUUUUACAAUUGCGAUAGGUGUUGCCAUUUGUGAACCGAUUUUUCUUGUGGUGAAUUAUUUACAUUAAGCGUAACUGUUACAAGGCCCAGCUGUUUUGCGCAAUCUAGAGCUGAAAUUCUUUUGGGGGAGAUUCAAACGUUCAAGUGGUACAUGCAUGUAUCUUCUGAAUGAAAACAAGGUUUUUCGACGUAAUUUUUAUCCGUUCGCAUGACGGACUGCUCUGAUUGGUGGGAAUGGCGGAAAGCUCUGAUGACGAACUUGCACGGGGAAUGUUUGAAUUUGUAUGAAUUCUUGCAAUUGCGACAUGGCAAAUUAAUUCCUGGACUGACUGAUGAUAUACAGUGGACCCCCGCAUAUUUGCGGUUUGGCAUUUGCAAAUUCACCGACUGGGUGGAUUUUUUUUUUUGCCAAUUCUGGUCAAGCACAAUCCCAAUCACCCUCCAAAUAGUGGAGGUUCACUGUAGGGAUUUUUAAAGAGUUAACUGUAUCAUAUAUUUUUCAGACAAACGAAAAUUUGUUUUGAAAGGCUACUCAGCCGUGGCCAUUAUUGACGUCAUUGUUGUCACACAUUUACAACGUACCAGAUCAACUUCAGCUGCCAAAUACGGUGACACACCCGCUAAAGGUGGGAAUCCGUGAUAUAGAGAGGCCAUAUAAGGGAAAACAAUAUCGUUUUACCUUAUGUGCCUUAACAACUCAUUAAAACACACUUACACUUUACUUUAUUCAUAACAUCACUUUGAAGGAACAAAAAGGCCUAGAUGAAGUUGACUGUAAAGCUGACGCAUAACAAAAAAAGAACACCAAAAUUUACAUUUUCAGUCAAAGCACGUAAAUACCUAAGUUUGUUAGCUUAAUGCUAACAUAUAAAAGGAAAAACUAUAGGCGGGCUAAAAAGAAAGCACUGAUUGGAGAUUAAUCGCAAUGUUUUUUUUUCCAUUGGGAAAAGAAUCAAUUGUCCCACGUGAAUAGCAGGGGUCCACUGUCCUUCAAAAUGGUGACGUGACUAUUUGGUGUCGAGGAAGCGAUUCCAAGCGCAGCCAAGUUGUUCCAUUCAACUCCGUGAGCCUUUUGAAUGCUGCAAGACUCGCUGUGUGCCACAUCGCUGACCUUUUCAGGACUUUUCACAGACCUUUCUAGAUACUGUAGGUUUUGAUCCGUUUUACAGGUUUUCUAAUGACUCUUCUGCCCAAAUCCUUUUUCAGUGGUUUGUUGUUUAAAAAAAAAAAGAGUAAUGGGACCAAAAAGUGGGUCGCAUUGAUGUAUCUCAUGCACUGAACGAGGGUUGCAAAGAGGUUGGAAAUUUACGGUAAAUUCCUAGAAGCUACGAUGGGGAAUUUUCCACAGAAAUUUAUGGGAAUGAAUUGAAAUCCCCCACUCCACCUCCACAAAAAAAUGCUUGUUUUGAGUUUUUUCCAUUCUUUCGUAAAAGUCACAUUGUUUUCACCCACAAUACUGUUUUCUACAACGAAGAAAUUCACUGCAUGGUACGAGUUGAACUUUAGUGGCUUUUUUUACAUGGGCAUUCGUCAUUCGCUGCAUGGACUGUGUCAUCUUUCCUCACAAUCACAACACACACUUUCUGAUAGCUACUCCGACACAUACCUUGUUUAUACCCAGAUAUAUCCUCACUAUGUUGGCGUGUGAGCUUGAACCUGUCCGACUUUCAACAUGUCAAUAUUUCUCUCCCUCAUAACAGACGUUUUUCACCUCCUGAUCGUAUCUUCUACGCAAAAGCUGUGCCGAUCUCAAAUAUAAAGUAAUGAAACAAUACAAUACAAUACAAUACAUGCUGAUUUAUAUAGCGCUUUCACAACAGCGGCCAGCAACUACUGGCAUCUGUCAUUACCCUGAUGCAGAAGCUUAAUUUUUCACACGCAAACAAAUAUAUUUGUAAAUGGUGGGAUGACGAAUAUAAAUGUCCAUGGGAGUGAAUGAGUUGAGAGACAACCUUCAUUUUUUUUUUUUUGUUGCUUUAUUCCCAUAAUUUUCUCGUUGGAAAGUUUCUGAGGAUUUUGCAACCCUACACUGGACUAGCCCUACACUGGUAGAAAAAAAAGAGCCUUUUUUUCUAUUGCACUGGACAGCGCAGUCUUUGGUCGAAAGAUCAAUUUCAAUUCGGUUUUGAGCCAUAUUUCGUCAGUGGAAUCCUUAUAGCACUGAAGUGGCAUUGAAAGUCGUGAAAAUUUGCCAUGGGCGUCCAACAACGUGUCCUAUUAUGCACUCUCCGCCUCAGGACCAGGACGCGAGUGCCAUACGACGCCCGUGGCGAUGGUGCGUUUUUCAAGCAGUCCAAGGGGACGGCCCUUCAGGUUUUAUAGAAGCCACGCGGCAACGACAGCGAGCGAGCUAGAGGUCCUCGGACUCACGUGAACACUUUUCAAACCAACUGGAAAGGCUUUGUAUCAAACUGGAAGAAGAAGAACUGGUCGGAACACGUUGGAUUAAUCACUCUACUGCAUUUUGACUUAGUUGGUGUUGAUGUUGAUGUUCAUUUAAGACACAGCACAGACUUUAAGUUGCAUCUUCCCUGUAUGCUUUGUAUUUUUUUACAAAACCCUGUAACAUUAAGGAGUGUUUACACUACUCGCAAAACGUUCGGGAUUUCAGAUGGGAAAUUUCAAGAAUAGCAUAAAAUACAUUGACUGAGGUGAACAUGGUUUUUACUGUUCAAGUCAAAUUUACAUUUGGAAAAUCAAAUCCUCGUACUGAAUUUUUGGGCAAUCUUGAAAUUAGGAUUAGGAAUAUGAGAGGGCGGGGGGUUCUUUGUGUUAUAUUUAUAUUAAAAAACUUUUUUUUUUAAUUGUUAAAAUUGUGUUGAACUAAAUUCAGAGUGGGAAAAAAAUUGCUCAACUCAAUGUUAAAAUUAAUUCUGAUUCAAAAACAUUUUCGUUAAAUCAGUUCAGACGAAUCAAAAUAGAUUUUGUCAAGAUUUUUUUAAAAAAAUCAGGGAAUUUAAAGAUAUUUUGUCAGUGUUGAAAUCAAUACUCUAAAAAGCCAAAAAUAUGUUGUCACUGUAGAGUUAACUUCAAAAUAAAAAUGAUAAUUUCAACGUUUGAAUAAAUUCUGAUUACAGUAAAUAAAUCUUUGUUCACAUAAAUUUUGAAUGUUUUUGUCAGUGUUCAAAUUAAUUCAUAAAAAAAUUAUUUCAUCAAUAUUAAAAUAAAUCCAGACUGACAAAAGAAAUAAACCCCUUAUUUUUUAUAUAAAAAUAAAUUCAGCUUAAUAAAAAUUGCUCAUGCAAAAGUAAAUUCAGACAAAAUAAAGCUCUUCAGCUACAUUUUUUUCCCUGCAGGGCCUUUUGUGUCACUUCCAGUCUCUAGCUUUGUUAAGUUUACACUGCAACAAGGAGACUGGAAGCGUCACAUAAAAGCAUAGUGUUCACCCAAAUGCUGAAUAUCCCCAACUUUUUGUGAAUGCACACUGUAUAUCUUUGAGUCCUCUUUUUCCGUUUACUUCUUCUUGCGUGGCAUUGCAAACCCUUUUAGUUGAACGAUCCCAUCGGGCGAUGCACAGGAUUUGGAUCUGUUUUAGGGGUGGGCUGUGUGCUCAUAGUACGUUGAAGAGCUUUAAAUACAGUGCUAUGACACUUUU